UCUUGUUUCUACGCAUCGUAAGAUGGCGCUACAUAUCUAAACGUCAUGAGAACUGUCAAUUCUCAUAUCUACAAAUCCGAACCGCAAAUGUCAAAGCAACAGAAGUAAACAGUGUACCUAGUUUUCUGUACCUUUACCUCGUGUGAACGGAUAUAAAAGCAGUUUCUUUCAUGUGAUUUUUGUGUACUUGUUAUACUACAGGAAAAUGUCAGACGAAGAAGAUACAGCAAUAUUAUUAAAUAGUGCAAACAAAACUAUUGAAACAUCUAUAAAUAAAGUUCCAAAUGAAGAAUAUCAAUGUAUACCACAAAAAAAUCUAAGGAAACCGCUUCCAAAGCCAAAUGACAACUUAACUCCUUUAACAUCAGGAAAUAAAAAUAUUUGUGUUUCCAUGGUGGCAAUUUUGGCAGGCAUUGCUUUUGGAUGUGAUAUGGGUAUUGCAAAACCUAUAGCCCCUUUGAUUAAAAAUGAAUUCAACUUAAAUUGUUUCGAGAAGGAUUUUGUUAUAAGUAUUUGGUUUAUUGGAGCCCUUAUUGGUGGUUUAACUGGUGGCUUUCUAAUCGAUUCGUUUGGUCGGCGUUGGACAAUGAUAUCGACGCUAGUUUUUCUAACUUUUGGAGCUACAUUAUCAGCACUAGCGAAUCAUUACAUUUUGUUGCUUGUUGCGCGAAUAAUUUGUGGGUAUUCUGGAUCUGUUUCGGCAGUAGCUCACUGCAUAUACAUGGCGGAAGUAUCCGACUCAAAUAAACGUGGAUAUAAUAUAAUGUUAUAUCAAUUGGGAACAGCUACUGGAUUUUUAGUUUCCAUUAUUGCUGCUGCUAUUAAAAAUAUAGACUAUCAAUGGCGAUUUUCCAUUGGUAUAACAGCCGUCCCCGCUUUGGCUGCUUGCAUCAUUACCAUUAUAUUUCUUCAACGUUCCCCACCAUUCUUACUUUAUAAAAGGAUGGCAAACGUUUCGAAAACAUCAUCGAAAAAAGCUUGGUAUACGAUUUUUGAAACACUAACGAUCAUGGCUUUCUUAUUGAUACUGCAACAGGGUACUGGUAAACGGCAAGUCUUGUAUUACGCACCGAGACUGUUUGCAUUAUUAGGCAUUUGUUCCAACGUUGCCGAAGUCACAGCUUUAAUAUCGCUAGGCAUCGUGAAGGUUUUUAGUACGAUGUUAUCCUUGAUCAUAGUGGAAAGAUGCGGACGUCGAACAGCUCUAAUUACAUCAGCGACUAUCUGUAUGACGACAAUAUCAUUAUUAUCUUUGCUCGCUACGACAGAUAGAGGCGAUGACAAUUUAGAUAUCGUAAAUACUCAUUGCAAAAAUCAUCAUAACGAAGAAGCUAAAAUUCACAACGCUUUACCUACUGGAUCUCCACCGCCGUUCCCCUUGCUGCCAACUCCGUUAGCUAUAAUUGCUCCCAGUCCAGAAACAUGGACGCAAAUUAAAGCAUCUUGCGAAACACAGAAUAUUAUUGUCUCUGAGGGUCUCACAGGUGGUUUACGUAUUUUAGCAGUAAUAACGUUACUUGUGUACGAAGCAGCGUAUGCUUUAGGACUUGGACCAGUACCACUAUUAAAUCUUACAGAAGUUUUUCCUGCUGCUGUACGAGGAAAAUGCAUCAGUUUUGUUUCCAUCGUAAUAUGGAUAACGCAUAUUAUCGCCACGGAAUCUGUCAGUGCAAUGGCCAAAUCAUUAACCUUAGCUGGAUCGUAUCUAUUUUAUAGUUUUAUGUGUCUGAUUACAAUAUUUUACGUCUUCUUAUUUAUUCCCGAAACAAAAGGUAAGUCUUUGCAUCAAGUUGCUCAAGAGUUACAGAAAAGUCCUCUCGGAAUACGUAUAUGUAAUAAUUUGCGUAGUUUACCUCUUAUUUGUCAUAUCCAAUGGAUAAAAAGGUAUGACGAAAAUGUAAGUAAUGGGCAAAGUACUUUAAUUUGA